UUGAUCUAUUGGAAGAAUGUGAAAAAUUCGGCUACUGUCUUAUCACUUAGUUUGCUAGCACUUAUAAUUGUUGCAAAAUAUUCGUUUAUUUCGCUGAUAAGCCAUGUCGCUAUUGGAGUACUUAUUGCUUUCUUUGCGUUUCGACUAUAUAAAUUCAUUGAAUGUCAAAUACAGAAGAAAGACGACGUUAAUCCAUUCGAAAGUUAUUUGAAUGAGGAAAUUCAGCUUCCUUAUGAUCGAAUCCACCAACAAAUUGAUACGCUUAUUGAACAUCUACAAAUAAUUUUUGUACAACUUCGUCGUCUCUUUUUAAUUGAACAAGUAUCUGACAGUAUAAAGUUUUUUUUGUUAUUAUGGUCACUGACAUACAUUGGUGAAUGGUUCUCCGCAAUCUUAUUGCUUGGCGUGUUUACCUUACCAAAAGUGUAUCAAGUACACCAUGAAAUAAUCGACCAUUAUUUUGCAGUUAUCAAGGCACAUGUUGAUCACGCUAUUGAAUUGUAUCAUUUUUCUUUAUUUCUUUUUUUUGUAUUUGCAUUUAUCUAUCUCAUAUCAAUCUUAUCAGCCUUUUAUUAA